CGCUCUUUCACGGCCUGAGUUCCAACGUGCUUCCCCCUCAUGUCCACCGUCAUGGAUCUCUCUCGGCUUACCCGCCCGGCAAUCCUCUGCCAAUGCUCGCGAUGCUCGAGUUCGCUAGCUGCGCUCGAGAACGAGUGGGCUAAACUCUCGAAUUCUUACUCCAUAGUGGCUGGGUGGCUGAGCGUCGAGCUGCAUCGCAUUUCCAUCUCCUCGGAGAAGAAGCAAAUUCCGCAAUCAUCAGAGCUGAACACCCUACGAGGCCGGAUCCUCCAGGAAAUCUCCUGUAAGCUCUGUCAACAGAAGCUGGGCGUGCUAUGCUCUCUAGACAAUGGCCCGAAUAUCUUCUGGAAGUUAUCGAAGGUGUCGUUUAGGGAAAUUGUUACCAUGCGCACAGUGGAGCCCGUAUUUAAGGAUGGAUCGCUCGAACGCAUUCUAUGUCCGACUCCCCCCUCCCGACAAGACCGAACCCCAGUCCAUGCCGGGGCCCUGGUACCCACUACAUCGACGGAGCUAGACCCCUAUAACUUGUCUAUGGAACAACAGAUCCAGCACCAAGGGCUGAGUCUCGAUCACAUUACAAGUUCCGUCAGCAACCUUCACGAUACCAUGUCCGAGUUGAAGAACGCAUUCACCGCUCUGCGCAUCGAAUUGAACGGCCCAGGUCGAUUCACAUCCGAUAUAGGCACCCCUGCUAGCAAGGACAUGAUGAUCGCAACAGUAUUGAAGGAACUCAGAUCCAAAGCCGAUGAAAUCGAAAGACUGAAGCUCGAAAACGAAGCACUGAAGCUGAAGAACCGUUACGCGGAAGAGCAAACCCUCAAACAAGUACAACCGCCACCGCCACAACCCUUAUAUGCCGACACAACAAUACUCGCAGAAGUACGAAGCCCAGGCUUACUACAAGGAAGUCGGAAGCGGCCCUGGCCAGACUCAUUUCCGAGCGGACGCACCCAACCGAUAGGAGAUUCGUUCGACGAAGACUCUUCGGACAGCAUCGCAGACUUCUCCUUAGAAGACGCAAGUCUACCUCCAGUCAAAAUCCCACUGAAAGACUCCACAUCCAUGUCCACAACAGACAAAACAACCCACGAACCCACACCAUCAGGCUCUCCCAAACUGCACAUCGAAUUAAACUCGCAACGACAACAACGACAACAACAGCAGCAACAAACCCCUAACCAUGAUAACGACCUUAACAACCACCACGACAACAGCAACAACCUCGCCACCUCUCACCGAGAAGCCAUAGUAAAACGUCCGCGCCUAUCCCAGUCAACAGACAAACCCACAACCAGUGGACGAAGACCCGGCCGACCCCCACGCAAAUCAUUCAGCCAAACCACCAAACCCGACAUCACCACCAGCGCCAACAAUCAAAGCCCCAAAACCACCCCACUGACCGAGCAAAACGGCAACGCGCACAAAGAUUCCCAAUUCGACGAUUCUAGUCCCAGCGACACCCGCACGACAAAGGAGAACCGACCCGCUCACUCGCGAAGCCUGCGCAGCAGAUCUCGGCCACCGUCACGGCGCCAAUCCGCAGCAGCCAACGCCGACUCACGUCCAUUGGAGCCGGAGGAAACUCCACAGAACGGGUAUCAGAAUGGAAACGACGUACCGGACCACACUGAACAGCGACAACAACAGCAACAGCCAACGCCCCCCUUACACACGGGCAAAGAAAACUCGCAUGGCGGCGCAAACGGCGUACACAAGCCCGAUACACGAGAGAAGCGCAAAGCACAGUCCGCAGCGCGAGACAUCAUGGUACGAUUAGCUAUGCAGCGUGAAGAAGCAAUGGAAACUGAGGAUUCGCGAUGAUAGCGAGUGAUGUGGAUUUAUUGAAACACAAAAGGAAAAAGUCUUCUGUUUUGAAUACACAAAAGCAAGCAAGCUAGACUGACCCGCUCACUUUAUUUUCCCUUUUCUUCCUUCUAUCAAUUGUAUUAUCUAUACUCUAUCUUUGGGUAAUGUGACACCCCCUCUUUUUCUUCUUUCAUGUGUUUGUACAAAAAGUG